AUGGCGGAUGAUCUCACCAAAACGAGAGACUACGUAUAUGUAAUUUGCACAUUGAUUCAAACCUUAUUUGCCGUUUUCGUUUGGGUCUGGUGGGAGCGAAGCAAUAGGAAUAAAGACAAGAAGGAAGACAGACGAAAAGAAGAGGCAGAAAGACAAAAGGCCGAUACAAAACAGAUCAUAGCGAUACUCAGCGAAAAUUAUGACGAAGUGGAAGAAAUAUUCCAAGAACUCAAGAAAUCUGUAGAUGAUCUUAAGGAAAGGAAAAUUACAAACACAGGAUCACGUACUUUUACUGAAUUUGAUGUUUUACUGUACAUGUGUCACGACGACAAUUGCAAUAAAUUUGAUGAAACCCCUGAUCAACUACUGUAUGUGGGUAUUUGUUCUGCAAGGAAAAAAGUAAUGCUUGAUGUUAACAAAAUAAUGACGUUUAUCAAAAACUUUGCCAUUCAGUUGUCUGUCAUUGAUAAAGGAUGCCCAGAUAUUAUUAGGUUAAAAUUUUCCACCGAAAUUAUUGAAAUGGGUAAAACCAUCUAUCCUUUUGUGACAAAAACCAGACAAGAGCUUAUUCAAAUUGUUUUAAAAUACUUUGGUGAUACUCCAGCUCAAGAAGAUCGUUCCCCUGGAUGUGUGCAAUGGUGUUGUCAAACACGUGUCUCAAGAUGCUGUCAUUGCAGCUGUGUCAUUGCACAUGAACAGGCUGAUGAACCUGAAACUGAGAGAUUAGCUUCUACACCAGGGCCAUCAAAUGCAGUCGAUAUUGAAAUGACGGGACAACCCAGUGCAAAUGAAGGACUGAUACCUUAUCCUGGCCGUGAAGCAAUUGAGAAUGCAAUCCCAUACAUCGAAUCCUUCAAAUAUGAAAAUGGUAAAAUGAUUUGCAAUCUCACUUGCACAAUUUCACAUAUUAAAAAUCUUGAGGUUGCUGUUGAAAUGGGGGAAAUUGACAAACUGACGAAUGUGAAAAUAUCGGAGGAAAUAAACACACUUUGGAAACAAUCUUAUGGUUCGCAUCUGGCAGAUGAUUUAUUGCAUUUGAUAAGAAUGAUAAUGUUUAAACUGUUGAAAGAUUCCACGCUUUCUCUACAACAAUUUGCUCAAUCUGUUAAGAAUAUUGUUAAUUCACCAGCUAUUUUAAAGGAAAAAGUUAUAAUUUGUUGUUGUCAGCGUGCUUCAAACGACAUAAAGACAAAUGUGAUGCAUCUUAAUGGAGCUCAAAAACACCUCCUGAAAGAUAAAAGUACUCAAGUUAUCCUAGAACGCCAUGCAGAGGAACUGCGAAAGUUUGUGCAGUCAAAGGUACAGGUAAAUAGUCCACAACAUCCAGAAGCAGGGGAAUAG